GAGCACGACUUAUCCUCAAGUAGUGAUCGUAAACUCAAGACGAACCGACGAAUUCAUCGUUCCAUGUGCUACCCUUCUUGUAGCAUUCUACAAACUAACAAAAGGAUUGUUGUUUGUGAAGUAUAUGAUCCCGUGUGCACGUCGUACAAAAAACACGUUUAUAGUUUUUAUCAUAAAAAUUAAGUAUUUUAGAAAUUUUAUAGUAAUUUUGAGACCACGGUGCGUAAAAUCUCCAAGGUUUCAAUGAGUCCAUCAGUCGUUUGGAACUCCCAGUAUGUUCCCCGCGCCUCCCUCGUCGCUAACCGUCCCGAAGAUCGAGAUCGACUUUGACACGCCGCACCGGGAGCGAUUCUUGCGGGAUGAGUAUCCGCAGGGUCGCGGUGGAGGUAGCGGUGGCCCUAAUCGGUACACCAUCCUUGGCCGGGGCAGCUACGGGGUGGUCAUCAAGGCACGCUACAAAGCCCGACCGGUGGCGGUCAAGAUCUUGGAGAAGCACAAGAAGCACCAGUGUCGGUACGAUUCGCUGCGGAACGAGUCCAACGUGCUGAACUUGAAGCAUGAGAAUAUUGUGCGGGUGUUGAAGAUCAUUUCCGGGGCGCAGUACGGGCUGGUGAUCAUGGAACGCUUCGACGGACACUGUCUGCAGACGGUGCUGAAUCAGAACGUCGAGAUAUCCGUGUAUCAUCGGUUGAUGAUCUUGUGUGACAUCAUCAACGGGUUGUGCUUCUGCCAUCGUAACCACAUCGUCCAUCUGGAUGUGAAGCCUCAAAAUGUCGUGGUCUGUCUGGUGGUUCCGGGAUAUCCCGACUCCAGCUGCAGCCACGUGCGAAACUACCUCUGCAAGCUGUGUGAUUUCGGUUCCUCACUGACCCUUAACACGAUCAACAUCAACGAAAAGUCCAGCAACCGGGGAACCAUUCGGUACAUGGCUCCGGAACAGCUACGUGGAACCGCUGGUGUCACCGAAACAGCAGACAUUUACUCCUUCGGGAUCACAAUGUGGCAACUGUCGGAGGGCAAAGAUCCGUACGACUCGAUCGUGUCCAACGAAGCCGUUGCGUACAACGUGGUCAAGAAGAAACUCCGUCCGGAUAGUGUCACAACGGUGGCGAUUCUGCGCUCCGAACCGGUUCCCAUCCCCAAAACUAACCUCCAGCCACCACCCCAAGCCUUCCGGGCACGCAAAAACAGCGACAACUCGCUGGAGAUCGCUCAGUCCUACUUCAGAACCAGCUCGCAAAGAAGCUUCCACAGCAGCAUCCGGAUGUGUUCGAACAUUUCCGGACAGUUGCCACCGAACGUGGAGUGUGCCGCCGCUGCCAUGAGCGAUGUCCUCAAGCAGCAGGGCAUUGAUCUGGUGGAACCGCCCAGUUCCUUCGGGACAUCUUCCGCAAAGGAAAACCUCGAUCCGGAUGAGCUGAGCAUCGCCACGCUCGGUGCCAUCUUCCGUCAAAGCGUGGAUGUGAGUUCGAUCGAGCUGAAUCAUCUCCGGCAGGAUUAUCGCUGUUUGUAUCGCAAGUGCUGGCAGCACGAGGCCACCAUGCGUCCUUCCUCCGGGGAUGUCCGAGUCACGCUGCACGACAUGCUUGAGCGGAUUGCUUGUUGUAAAUAGUUUUGUAUAGGUUUUUUUUUCUGUUUGUCACGUCUCUAGCACUUAAGUUUUAUCUUUUCGUGCCGCAGAUUGCAAGUCUGCAUCAUAUUUUAUCGUAUUUUGUUAAAUUGUGUUUAGAUUUAGUGUUUCCUAUUCUAGGAAUUUUAAGGUGUUUUGUAAAAUAAUCCAAAUUAUUUUAUGCGUCCACGAAUCACGGUGGUCAAAUAAAAUAUUGUGUUCGUUUGUUAGCCACCAUUUGUUGGCAACAACUUCUGGAAAAAUAAAUAUCUGGAAUUAGAAAAACACGUGAUUUGUUAUUUAUUUAUGUUGAAUCACCCCUAAUAAACUACUCUAAAGUUAAGAAUUACAAAACCAAUAAACCCAAGAUGGCGGCCAAAUUCGAGAAAAUACAUUUCUAGUCUUGUUUCCCAAAAUUGCUUCGUGGGAUGAAAACACUCGCGCUCUUAUUUCGAUUAAUUUCCGAAAUCUGGAAAAAAUAAUAGCAAAAGAUGGAAAAAAUAAUUUUGGGAGCAAUUUGGGUAAUAUGUAAAUAGUUUUUUAAUGAAGUACUCUAAGCUAACUAUUGUUUGAUGCUCAAACUAGUAUCCGGGCCAUAUAUUGCUGUAUUUUCAUGAACAAAGAAAAGAUUUUUAUUCGAUGGACUUUGUUCCUCCAGCUUAGGUUUUUGUGUAAUUUCAAUGAAAGCUGAAAAUGUGGUGAAAUUCAAUCUGAAACUUUUUAUUUUUAGAUUAACUUUUUUUGAAAUAUGUAUUUAGGUGUCUCAAGGUUUUUCCACAAGAAAUUUGAUAAAUAUGUAAAUUUAUCAGAAUUACAGAAGAAAUUUGAUAAAUAUGUAAAUAAAUCCUUUGAUUUUAAACGAUUUUUCUGAAGUAAAAUCGAAUAAGUUAUAAAAUAAAAAUAUAUACAGUACUUGUUCGGUAACUGGGCUGAGCAAGUAGCCCAGCCAACGAAUGUUGCUCACUAAGUGAGUGGAGCAAAAAAUACGAGGGACUACCGAUGCAUAAUAUCUGGAGCAACACGAGAAAUUCGCCCUUUUGACAGUUUGAACUAUUUUGCUAAUUCCCGAGCUUUAGGAAACUUGUUCACAAACCUCGCAGUGUCCUCCCCAGCUAUCUCUCAACACUUCUAGGUUUGUUAAAUAGUUACUUGUUGUCUCGGAACUUUCAAAAUAAUUGCAGCUGUCAAAAUGCGUAUGCACCCUUUUCAAAUGUAGCUCCAGACAUUUUCCUGAUGAAAUAUGAGAAUAAAAGUUACUAAAAUUAUUUACCAAUGCUUACUUUUCAAAUUUCUUUAAUUGUGACUAAAUAAAAGUUUGACUUAUCUAUUGAACAUGCAUGAUCCAGGAAAAAUCCUCGCUCUAUACAAAAAUACUACAAAAUUAUUACAAAAAUUUAUAUGGAGAAAUGCCACGCAAUUUAGAGGGGGCUAACAAAUUCAAAUUUGAGGGCCACGUGGUUUAUGCACGACCCCUACAAUUUUGUUUUAUCUUAAUGAUUUCACGAUUUAAAAAAAAAACUCGGAAACUGUCGAAGGUGAGCUUCUUGCCUAGUUUGCAACGACAAUUUCGCGCAAUAAAAUACCACCUUCAGGGAUUUCCAGCGUAAAGAAAGUCUUGUUCAUAAUUCAUCAGCAAUUUAUUCUAUUGUCUUAACGAUUGAUCUUAACAAGCAUUCAGCUAACUACAAUCUAUGAAACAUUUAACCGGUCAAAUAAAAAAAAUCAUUCUACUACUCUACUACUUAAUCUAUUCGAAGAACCGAAAAGAAAGGUAUUUCCUUAGCCUCUUUCUCCGCCGCGAUUGCUUCUUUUGUUCUUUGCUUCUCUCCUAGCAGGCAUUUUUAUGUAAUUCUCUAUCCCAAGGUUCUCCAACUACUUCACGGCCCCCCCGGUUUUGAGUUCCACAAGCUUUGACUAGAAAUGAUCGAACCUUCUUACUAUAAUAGAAAUAGUAGUAAUCGAUAUCAUUAGCGUAAGUGUGUGUGUGUUUUUGUGAUUGUUGUUCGUGAAGGUGAGAAAAAUGCAUCGGAACUUUCCUGGUUUAGCUUUGAAAGUUGUCUAGUUCUCUCUCAAUACGUUAGUUCAGUUUGUCAAUUGUCCGGUGUGGUGAG